GCAAUUUCUAAAAUGGUGCCGCCCUUCAAAGAAUUUUGAAGUAUUUUCUCUAGAUUAUUUAGCCUUUCGAAGUGGUAGAGAACUGCAACAAUGGGCUGCUGCACUGCAGAGGUGGAGGGGGGCAACCUUGGUACCCUGAAUCCAAUCGAGAAGAUGAAGAAGAAGCUAUGGCGGGUGCGGAAUUGUGGCAUUGGCUGGAUGGGAAUCUCUUUAUUGCUGUUCAUCAUUGGAAUAGUGUUACUUGUUUACUUUGCCAAGUACAUCCCUGGGGACCAUAACAGCGAUUGGGUUGGAGGUAUCAUUGGUAUUGCAUUCCUCUGUUUGGGAUUCCUGGGUCUGGCCGUCGGUAUCAUCAUCAUAGUUGUGUUCUGUAUGGCUUUCAAGAGGAGCCAAGAUCGGAUGUCAGGCCAACCCAUGACAAUGACCAGCAAUGCACAUAAAGGUCAAUUCCCCGAUGGCCUCUAUCCUAAACAAAAGGGAUUUAUCUAUCCUGGUCAAACCCCGGCCCAGCCGUCGGCCCCAGCGGAUGCUCCAGCAGACGGAGGGCACGACAACAGUGCUGUUACACCCGAUGAAAUCGUCAUUGAACCAUCAAAGGAGAAAUUCUAACGGGAGAAGAAUCUCACUCAUAACUGUCAUAGAAUUUGAGGAUCUUUCUUCGAAUUCACAAAACGUCUUCAUCAGUGGUGUCAACAUAACAUCAUGCUUCCAUUGUUUGAAGUAUUUCAAAUUUACAAUUGCUGAUUUAUUGUCGGUGUGCAUCAGUUCGAAAUUUCCCUCUGGACUAAUGCACAUCGUCAUUGGAAUUCGCCUGUUGAGGCAGCUGUUCGAAGGCUAUACCUCAACCAACUAAAACCUUUUGUUUUUGAGGCCCAUGUCUUUGCAGUGAUGCUCUUGUCUUCCUGUUUUUCUGAUCUUUUGCCUUCUGUCUUGAUGCUGGAUGUCUUACUAUGAAAUUCUGUGCAGAAUUACGCAGUGAAUAAGGUCUGUGAGAAAUCGGUGCUUGUAAGCUCCAAUAUCAUGACAUUUAUUUUCCGUUGGCCCAUUUCAUUGUGAGAUAGAGAGAGCAACUCUCUAUAGUUACAUUUUUUCGUACAGGAUCUGGUGACCUCUAACAAAACCUUACCGUUGUUUACUAGGCUACACUUGCAACAAGUUGCGUUGUAAAAAACUCUAUUUUAUAAGUGUGUUGUAUAAUAGCUCUUCCUUUUCUAUUUUGUAAUUCGUCAUAUCUAUUAUACUUACAAUCAUGUAUUUCUUACUGUUCUAUUAGAUUUUACAUAAAUGGGACCCAAGAAUUUAAGAGAUAUUUGGGAUACCGAGAAAUGUUGGCUGGGUAUUUUACCAACUGCUGAUAAAAAAUGAGAUGAUUAUGGAUACAAUGUGUUGGUCAUGAUUUCCUGCACAAGAUUUGGCAUUUUAAGUCAUUAAUGAAUUGCCAUUUAUAUAGGACUACUUGAUACAGAACUAAAUGUAAGUCUUAAAAUUUUAAUUUCUUGCAUGUAGUUAGGCUUUAGAAUCAAUUGGAAGUCAUGGUGCAAAUCUCAAUUGAAUUAAGACCUCAUAGAAGUAGGUUAUUAGGUUUGGUAUGCACAAAAUUGUUACCAAUUUGAUGCUGAAACACUUCUGGCAUUGUUGACUUGAAAACGUGUUAAAUAAAUGCGGAAAUUUAACUGUUAAAUGUAUUGUUUUGUAAUCGUGUAUGUUGCUUCUGCAUGCCAAACGUUGUUAUUAGUUUUUUGUCUUUGUUUAAGGAUUUUAAAUUUUUGGCAACACCCAAGGUACAACUAAACAUAUUUUAGCUUUGUGAUAUUAUCGAUUGUAUUAUUUUGCGUUUGUGCUUGUUGCGAAAUCAGUUUCCAUUUGUUGGAGAUAAUUAGAAAUAUUUGCAAAUUUCUAAUUCCAGUACCAGACAAAGUGAUGACUUUCUUCCUAAUUGGCAAUUCACGGUUUUUGUCAGUCAAUGACCAAUGCGUACAAUGUACUUAUUGCAUGCUGAAAAUUUUAGGUUUGUUUGGAUUUUUUAAAAUCAGUGAAGAUUUGACAAUUCAUGAUAAGCUAGAUUUAAAUCUACCCAGAUACACAUUUAUCAAGACUAAUGUGGGCCAUAUAUGCCUGGUAAACUGGCAUCCAAUACAUUGGGUAGGUACCUGACUUCUUCUUAAUAGAGCAGUUACUUUCUCAGAAGAAAGUUGCGUUAUAUAUUUUAUUUUAUUUUAUUUUAUUGUUGGUUAACCUAAGUUACCAAUACCCACCCGAAGCAUGAGUUUGAUUUUGUCCUUGUGUAGAGAAGCUAUCGAAAAGGAUGACUGACCUAUAGUUCAAGAGGUGCAAAGCUAUUAUUCAUGUUAACUGUGUCAACAGAGUCAACGCACUAAGUAGUUUUUGAAAACGUUUUCUUUAUGGAAAUAAAUUGAUAUUUACAAUUUGUUAAUGGUGAUCAAUUCAAACGUAAAAUUUCUGAUAAUGCAAAGGUUGCACAUCGUCCUGACUCCCAUGCCAUCUGUUGGCCUGGAAUUUUUCCCAGCCUGCUCCUAAAGACGACCACCUUGUAGUCGAAAGCGAUGUCCCUGUGUGUGGUGCGUCUUUUUGUGUAGUUUUCUAAGUCGUUACGUCAUUCACUUGUUAUUAAGACAUGGUCACACAUCAUAUGACGCUAAAUCACCAGAAGUAUCACGUCACUUCAAGUCAGUUCUAGAUUUUCUACGACAAAGUUAAAAAACGUCUUCCAGGUCAACUUGGAGUAGGAGUUGGGGACGAUGUUCAACCUAUAUCAAAAAUUCUGAUUUACAUAAUUUUUUUAUCUAAUUGGUAAUAAGAUGUUGAUAUGUAUCAUUGAAGAAUGUGUGUGCAUGCCUGCCAAAUUUAUGUCAUGUUUUAGAUGUUAAAGGUUCUGGGUUUUAAAAUGAUGCUGCAGAAAUAAUAGUGUAAAAACAUAUAUUUAUUGAUUUGUACAUAUAAAUUGUUUCUACUGAUAGAUAUGCAUGUGGUGGCUCACGUACUUUGUUCCAAGCAUCGAGGAUAGAUUAUUCAGGAAUAAGUUUGUAUCCAGGGGGUGGAUGGCCUACUGGGAUGCCCCCCUCCCAAAAAUCUUUGAAACUUAAUGUAAAACCACCUUGGCAGCUGCUUGACACCUUUCCGAGGUGUCCUCUUAGACCUCUGGAUCUGUCUCGUGAGUUGCUCCUUUUCACAAUCUUCCAGAUUUCUUCAAGAGCGAGACCGGACAAGAAUUCGGCAUCAGUGCUGCCAGCUACUACCUUGGUGGCAGCCAAUGUUGCGAAUGCCCUCGUCCCCCAGGCAGCCAAUACCCCACUUGAAUUAGAAAUGAGUACAACAUCGGCUUCCUGGGGAAAAGGAGAGCGUGGACAACAAUUGUGAUGGUCAGUCCUUUUUGCCAUAAUUCCCUAGAAUGCUCCUUGUAAACAAGAGCAGAGAGUAAUUUUUAUACUGCUUUUCUAUUUGUAAGGAACGGCCAUCUAUCCAUGUGAUAAGUGUAUUACUUCCUUGUUAAAUACAAUUAUUUAUACUGAGAGUUA